ACCGACAAUUUCUUUCUCCAAAGACAUGCAGAGUAAGUACCGAUCAUUAGGCCGCUCGUCAUCAAGAUCAGUUGUCUUCUCUCGCUAGCCAUCUGCGCGCUAGCUAGCUUCUUGUUGCUAAUUCCUCUAGCUAGCUAAAACAUGAAGCAAAAGAUAGUUAUAAAGGUGCAAAUGACCUGCGACAAAUGCCGAACCAAGGCCAUGAAGAUUGCGGUCACAUCAUCAGGUAGUGUGACAUCGGUGGGAAUAGAAGGGACCGAUAAAGAUCAGUUGGUGGUAAUUGGCGAAGGUGUUGACUCCGCUUGUUUGACCCACUCCCUAAGGAAGAAGCUUUGCUAUGCCGAUAUAUUAACUGUUGAAGAAGUAAAGCCGCCGGCGGAGCAGAAGCCCAAGCCGCCUGAACCUACGGCCUGCCAUUGCCUAUGCCCACCACCACCACCGCGUCCCAUGUACUGCGAAGUCGUCUACCAUGAUCAAAAUCCAAAUUCCUGCCUCACCAUGUGAACACCCAGAUUAAAUAUUGUCUCUCUUAUGAUUAAUUAAUAUUUGCAUCCCCGAUUUUAGCAUGCAUGAUCA